UGUGACGCCACUCCCCAAAUUUUCUCAUUUCUAACUUGUUUCCACCUAUAUUCCUCUAUAACCAUCACAUUUGCCUGUUGACCCAAGACGGUAACCGUGACGACUUUAAACUUCACACAAUUGCUUAUCUUUUCCCUCUUUUUAAUUUUCUUUCUUUCUGAAAUUGAUCGCUACUUUGGGUUUUUAACCCGUUUAUACAAAGGUUUCGCCCUCGCCUUUUCUUUUCCGCCGUUAUCCGAUCCAUUAAAAUGGAGAAUGAAAAGCCUUCCUCAUCCUCAUCAAAGUUGGGGUUUCCAACUAUGGAACAAGGUGAUUUGCCAGAGAUAGUUAAUGAGCCGGAACCGGAACUGGUACGGAAACCUGAACACGUAUGGAUCCAUGACGUGUUCUUAAGUUUCAGAGGAGAAGAUACUCGUGCUUGCUUCACUUCACAUCUCUACACCGCUCUUCAGAAUGCAGGAAUUAAGGUUUUUAUUGACGAUAAUGACCUUCAAAGAGGAGAUCACAUUUCACUAUCAUUAUCACUAGCAAUCCAGCAGUCUCAGAUUGCUAUAAUUGUUUUCUCUAUAAAUUAUGCUGAUUCACGAUGGUGUCUAGAUGAAUUGGAAAAAAUAAUGGAGUGUCGUAGAGCCAUAGGGCAGGUAGUUGUGCCAGUGUUUUACCAUCUAGAUCCCUCUGAAGUGCGAAAUCAGAGGGGUGAAUUUGGAGUAGCUUUUCAACGGCUUUUGUAUAAAAUUACAAACGAGGUAGAGAUUAAUCGGGCAUGGAAGUUGGUGAUAAGUUGGAGAGACGCCCUUCGUGAGGCAGCUAGCAUCGCCGGCUUUGUAAUACUAAACUCCAAGAAUGAAAGUGAAGAUAUCAAAAGAAUUGUUGACAAAGUUUCACAUUUACUCAACAAGACAGACUUGUUCGUUGCCCUUAAUCCUGUGGGAGUUGAAUCUCGAGUGCAAGAGGUCAUUCAACUUCUACCCAUUCAAUCAAAUGAAGUUCUAUUUCUAGGGAUGUGGGGCAUGGGGGGAAUUGGUAAAACAACCAUUGCAAAAGCCAUUUACAAUAAAAUUGGCCGCAAUUUUGAAGGUAGGAGCUUCAUUUCAAAUCUUAGGGAAAACGGGAAGAAUAUUGCUGGACUAGUGGGUUUCCAAGAGCAACUUCUGUAUGAUAUUUUCAAAGAAACGACAAUUAAAAUACCAAACAUUGAGUCAGGAAUAAACACAUUAAAGCAUAAACUUUGCCGUAAGAAAGUACUUAUUGUACUUGAUGAUGUGAAUUCGUUAGACCAACUGAAAACUUUCUGUGGAAGUCGUAAAUGGUUUGGUCCAGGGAGUAUAAUAAUCAUCACAUCGAGAGAUAUGCUUUUACUUAGAGGGAGAGUUCACAUUAUAUACAAAAUGUCAACAAUGAAUGAAAGUGAAUCAAUUGAACUUUUUAGUUGGAAUGCAUUCAUGCAAGCGUGUCCUAAGAGAGGUUUUGUUAACAUUUCCAAAAACGUAGUUGAAUAUUCUGGGGGAUUGCCGCUAGCUCUCGAAGUCCUUGGGUCUAAUUUGCUUAAUAAGAUGAAAUCCGAGUGGGAACUUGUAUUGGAGAAACUCAAAAGAAUUCCCAAUAGUGAAGUGCAUAAGAAGUUAAGAAUAAGUUAUGAUGGUUUAGAUGAUGAUGAUGAGAAAGAAAUAUUUCUUGACAUAGCUUGUUUCUUUAUUGGGAUGGACAAAAAUGAUGUUAUACUUGUAUUGAAUGACUGUGGACGUUCUGCAGAAGUUGGAAUAAGCAUCCUUGUUGAGCGUAGCCUUGUGACUAUCGAUGAUAAGAACAUGAUUGGAAUGCAUGAUUUGGUGCGAGAUAUGGGAAGAGAAAUCGUCCGUGAGGAAUCACCAAGGGAGCCUGAAAAACGUAGCAGGUUGUGGUUUCACGAGGAUGUGAUAGACAUAUUAUCAAGACAAAGCGGAAAAAAAUGUGUUAUGGGACUGGCUUUGAAGCUGCCUAGUGCAAAUGCAAAAUGUUUUAGCACCAAAGCAUUUCAGAAGAUGAAAAGGCUCAAAUUGCUUCAACUUGCUGAAGUAAAAUUUGAUGGAGAUUUUGAAUAUGUUUCAAGAGAUCUAAGAUGGCUGUCAUGGAAUGGAUUAAGUCACAUACCUACAAACUUCCAUCUAGAAAAUUUGGUUUCUAUUGAGUUAGAGAACAAUAAUGUCGAACUUCUAUGGAAUAAGACUCUGAGGAUGGAGAAGCUAAAAAUUCUCAAUCUUAGUCAUUCUCACCAUCUCACCCAAAGCCCUGACUUUUCAAACAUGCCUAAUCUUGAAAAGAUAGUACUCAAAGAUUGUCCAUUGUUGUCUGAGGUUUCUCCUACCAUUGGACAUCUCAGUAAAAUUCUUUUGAUAGAUUUAGAAGACUGUAUUAGCUUAUGUAGCCUCCCAAGAAGCAUCUAUAAGUUGAAAUCUCUGAAAACUCUCAUUCUUUCGGGUUGUUUAAAGAUUGAAAAGUUGGAAGAAGACUUGAAACAAAUGGAAUCUUCAUCCAGAGUGCCCUUUUCAGUGAUAGGGUCCAAAAGCAUUGGAUAUAUUUCUCUGUGGAGCUAUGAAGGAUUUUCACAUAAUCUGUUUCCAUCUAUAAUUUGGUCUUGGAUGUCACCAACAAAUAAUCUCCCAUCCCAAUUUCAAACUUCUACUAUCAUACCACCUCUCGUUGUUUUAGAUGUACCACAUAGUAGUUCCCAGGAACUAUCAUCAAUUUCUAAGUACCUUCCAAGUCUUAGAAGUCUUUGGGUGGAGUGCAAAUCUGAAGAUCAACUUGCUUUACAAACUAAAAUAAUUUUGAAUGCUUUAUAUGCCACAGUUUCUAAGGAUUUGGAAUCAACUGCAACUACAUCACAAGUAUCAAAUAGUAGUACUCGUACAUUAAUUCAAUGUUGUAGUCAAGUGCAUGUUUCGGGAUCAAAACAUUGGUUGAAGUCUAUUUUCAUUCAAAUGGGAGUGAAUUGCCAAGUCACCAAUGGUUUGAAAGAGAAAAUUUUACAGAAUAUGGAUGUCAAUGGGAGCGAAGGUUGUUUGUUCCCCGGUGAUAGUUAUCCAGAUUGGUUAACCUUUAAUUCUGAAGGUUCCUCGGUAGAUUUUACAGUCCCUCAAGUGGAUGGGCGUAACUUGAAGACAAUGAUGUGUAUCAUCUAUACUUCCACCCCAGAUAACAUAACAACAUACGGCCUUAAAAAUGUGUUGGUAAACAAUUACACAAAGGCCACCAUUCAGCUCUAUAAGGGAGAGGCACUAGUCUCCUUUGAAGAUGAAGAGAGUCGGAGAGUAGUAUCAAGUUUAGAACCCGGUAACAAAGUGGAGGUCGUGUUUGUUUUUGAGAACAGUGUCAUUGUGAAGAAGAUAGCAGUUUAUCUUGUAUACGAUAAACCAACUAAGAAGAUAUAUCAUUUACCAGAUUUGAAUGCCAUUGCUUGUAGUGAUGAUGAAAAUGAAUGCUCUACCAUGAGAUUUCAUACUCAAGAAGAGCCUUCAUAUGACUUCAAUCAGAAUAGAAAGAAGAAAAAUCGAGUGGAAUGAAUCAAUGGAAACUGGUAAAUAUUGUUCAUGCACAAAUUCUACCUUACUCUACAUUUUUCUAACUCAGAGGCUUGCUGCAUACUUAGUCUUUCACACUGCAAAUUCCACAUUAUCGGAAAACUGACCUUGUGCGGGAAGAAUGCAUUGCAAAAAUGAUGCCGGUAUCAUUUGUUGAUCUCAGCUCUGAUGGGUCUGGUCAAAUUCUGUCCGAACUUAUUAAGGACACGCUUCAGAAAUACAGAUUCCCUUUGGUGGAGGGACCUCAUAGCUCUCGGGAGUAAUGUGGCAGUAGGGACUGAUUGGUUUCAUGAUGGAAUUGCUUGUAAAAUUGGUGCAGUGCAGGAUAUGUUUUCCUCAUCCUCAUCGAAUAACAGUUGGCACAUCCACUGCAGACCAGAAAUUAUGCAGAUUGAAGCUAGAAUGCAGCUGGAAGAAUUGUACUGUAUUCUGCUUGAUGUUCGGCUGGAGCAGUGUCGUGAGGACCGGUUUGUGUGGCUGCAUAAUUCUGAUGGAAUUUACUCAGUAAACGGGUAUGCCUGCCCAAUUUAGAUCCGUCUCGCAAAAGCCCACAAAAAAAAUGGGAUGGGGUGGGGCGGGCAUACUUGAGGAUGCGGCCUAAAAUCUUUGCCCGUCCUGCACUAAAUGUGAGGGGCGGGCCCGUGGGCAUUGCACCUUUUAGGUCUAAAAAUACAAAGAUUCAUGUAAUUACGUGUCUGUGAGAAAAGCGGGGCGGAACGGGCACAUUUGAGAGUGCGGACUUAAACUCUUGGUCCGUCCCGCACUUUAAAACGGACAUGUCUAACGGAUCGGACCCGUUUUGUUAUCCCUACUUAUGAAUACACAAAUUUAAACACACAAUUGUAUGAGUGUCACAGAGAUAUCAUAUUACAUCUCUUUUAUUAUAAAUUAAUUAUCACCCAGUUAAUUUCA